AUGUCCACCACCACAACCGAAACUAUCGUGACAUCAGUCCAAGAUGCUGCUCAAUCGCCGCAAGAUCUAAAACAAUAUGACUUUGAUCGCCUUCCAAAGUACACACAUCCACCAGAGACUAAGGAUGACCUUCCUUGGGCUGAACUCGUGACGCUAGACCUCUCAGACUUCAACAAUGAAGGAGGAAAAGAACGUCUUGCCAAACAACUUGAACACGCCGUUCACCAUGUCGGUUUCUUCUACGUGAAAAACUUUGGUCUCAGUCAAGAUCAAGUAGAUCGUCAAUUUACACUCGCCAAGAACUUCUUUACACUUCCCGUGGAAGAAAAAGAAAAGUACGAAGUCAACUAUGCAGCCGCUGAUUACAACGGCUGGCGACGAAACAAUCAUCAUACCGUCGGAGGAGUAAAAGACAACAUCGAAAUGUACAAUAUUCCCAAAUUCACCAAAGAUUUUGAAGGAAAAUAUCCACAUCCUCCUUUAAUCCAAGCUCAUCUUCCCGAGAUUGAAGUUUUCUCAAAAGCUCUUCAUUCAAAUGUCGUUUUACCUUUACUUCGUCUCUUCGCCAUCAUCCUUCAACUUCCAGAUGAAGAAUAUCUCGUUAAACAACAUACUUACGACAAGAAAAGCGAAGAUCAUUACCGCUACAUGAUUUAUCACAAGCGAACACCAGAAGAACACGAAGCAAGCGGCUACGGCCAAACAACCGGACACACUGAUCUCGGCACCGUAACUCUCCUCUUCCGCCAACCAGUUGCGGGACUCCAAAUCCUCGGCGACGACGGAAACUGGACUUCCGUAUCCGCACAACCAGGCACUAUUACCGUUAACCUCGCAGAUACAAUCUCGCACCUAACAGGAGGCUGGCUCAAAUCCUCUAUCCAUCGCGUCGUUGCGCCGCCCAAAGAUCAGUGGGAAUAUGAACGUACGGGACUUUUGUAUUUUGCUAGACCGCAUAAUGAUACUAUUUUGAAACCGAUUUUGGAUUCUCCUGUGCUGAAGGAGGCGGGUGUUAAACCGAGGUUUGAGAAGGAGGUUACGAUGGAGGAGUGGGUUAGGGCGAAACAGAGGUUGCAGUUGAAUCCGGAUGUGGCGAGGAAGUUGUAUCAGGAUAAUGAGGAUGGGACGAGGACGGUGGAGGUUCUGGCUGGGUUUAGGGAUAGGACUUAUAAGUAA